AUGCGUUCGACGUCAUCACAUUCUGAACCAUCACGUCGUUAUCAUAAUUUACUUUAUAUUCCAUUUGAAUCUGGAUAUGAUUCAUCAUCAGGUAUAUCGGCAUCAUCAUCAACAACUCUUUCUCCUAUUGAAUAUAUCAUAUAUCCUAUUGGUAUACGUAAGGGUCAAGUACGAAAAUUAGAAGAUGAUUAUCAACGAUUUACUCAAAUAUAUAAAGAAAUAAUAAUACGUUUGGAAAAAUUAGAUUCACUUUUAUCCGACGCUGAACGUGUUCUUGAUUUAACAAGAAUAUCACAAGUACAAGAAGAAUUACGUAGUGUACGAACUCAACUUGAUGAAAUACUUAGUCUUGGCCAAGAUCUUGUAUCAAAAAGUGAAACAUAUAGCAAACUUGUUGGUCCUGAUAUUGAAAAUAUAACACGAAAUUUUGAAGAAUUACAACGUCGUAUUCGUACAAUACAGAUACGAGAACAACAAACAACAACAACAACAACAUCAAAUAAUAUUCAAGAUGAUCAACGUGAUGAUGUUCGUCGUGAAUAUUAUUCUGAAAAAAGUUACAAUCGUACUGAACGCGAAUCACGUCGUCGUUCACCAUCAGAAUCAUCAGAUAUAAGUACGACACAUGGUGUUAUUGAUGAAGAAUUUAAGAAAAAAUAUUUACGUUGUUUGGCUUAUAUGAAAUUAAUUGAACGUUUAUAUGAUAAUCAACACGAUACUGAUGAAGAUACGGAAGAACGAAGUAUUCGUGAUCGACCAGAAUAUGAAGAAAUUGAAAGAAUUAUACGUGAAACAGAAGAGCGAGCUUAUAUUAUUGAAAAAACGGAUGUUGAACAAGCACGUCGUAUAAGAGAAAAAAUUCGUCGACUUAAAGAUUGUUUAGAGAAUCUUAAAACUCGUUCUGAACAAUAUCAAGGAAAUGAUGAACUUUUUCGAUAUAAUGAACGAUAUGAAGAACAUGUUCGUACAACAGCUGGAACAACAGCAGUAAAAGAACGAGAAUUGGAUUCUGAUUUUAUUUAUGACAUUGAUGAUACACGUUCAGUAAUAAGUGAACCAGCACCACAAUAUGGAAAAUAUCGUAAAACAGUUCAUUCACUUGAACGUUAUAAAACUGAUGAUCAAGCACGUUAUAUUCCAACAUAUGAAGAAUAUCAAUUACAACCAUUAUUACGUGUACGUAGUUUGAAAGCCAUUGAUCAUCGUACAUUAAGUGCACCAUCAUCACCAAUCUUACAACCACGUUAUCGUUCAUAUGAACGUUCUAAUGUUCAUUAUACAAAACAAUCGAAAAAUCAACAAGGCUAUCAAGAUAAUUACCAAACUUCAAUAUCGAAAUCAGCUAGUAUGCCAAAUGGUGGUUUUCCAAUGCAUCAGUGUCUCUUACCUCAUCCACCACCACCACCUACUUUUUGUCAUCACCAACCUAUGACAUAUCGUGAACGUGUUAUUGAUAGACAUGUUGCUGAAAGAAGUACUUCACGUGGUGAAUCUCGUCGUCAACAACAACAAGAAUCAAGUACUCAUAUGCAACAACAACAACAACAACAGCAGCAACAACAACAACAACAAAUACGUUCAGCUAGUGCAAGUGGACAUACUCAAACACUUAAUCGAACAAUACCUGUUCAAUAUCAAUCAUCAAGUGGAAGUACAAAUGCAAAUGCAACUUCUGCUUCAUCAACUGGUUUUCGAACAACAAAUACAUAUUCACAAGAACAAAAUCCAACUUAUUUUUAUAAUGAGCAGCAUAGUGCUAGUGGUGGUGGCGGUGGUGGUAGUUAUCGUCAACAAAUCAAUGAUCAACAGAUAUAUCCACCACAAAAUGUUGGUCGUCAUCCAACACGUAUUGUCAAUUAA